AUGUCACUGCAAGUUCCCCGGGAACCGCUCCUCACCCUCCUCUUCCAGGUGUGGAAGAAGCACCCUACCAAAACCAUCAUCCGAGAUCUGGCCGACGGAUAUGAAACUACCGUGGAAGAGUUCUUGAACGAUGUACUGGUCACUCGGGAGCGGAUCCUCGAUUCGCUUGAGCCAGAGGUCCAAGCCCGCCUCAGGAGCGCGGAUACCGAUGUUUUCGUAGGGGUUCUAGUUGGUCCAGGCCAUGAAUUUGCCGUACUGGCCUUCGCCCUGUACAGUAUCGGUGCUGUCAUUGUUCCGCUGUGUAAGCUAUCUCCUUCAAAUUCCCCAUCUAGUGGUGUCAUUCUGACUACUUAUGUGAAUCCAUUAGCACCGGCACUCCACCCCGACGAAGGGAAAUACUUCUUAGGGCUAUGCAACGCGGUACUAAUAAUCACGGUGCCGACGACGAAGAGCAAAGCCGAGGCCAUCUCCGACCUCACCGGCAUUCCAGCCCUCAAUGUCAACGUGACAGACUCAGUUAGGCCGGACACUCUUGACUUCGCAUUGCAGCCGGAAGGAGAGCCCCUGAUCGACGCGGGCAAGGGCUUUGUGCUUCUCUACACGUCCGGAACUACCGGUACCCCCAAGGGGGUACUUCAUACGCGACGAGGAGCCGAAACAGCCUAUGUUACCAGCAUUGAAUUGUUCAGCUUGGGCCCAAGUGACACCUGGGCACAUUAUUCUCCGGUUCACUGGGCAGCUGGGUGGCUAUUCCUCUUUCAUACUAUUCUGGCUGGCGCCUGUCUUGAAUUUUGUAGCUCCGUGUUUAGUCCAGAUUGGCUGUUAGAACGGUGGGAAGAGAAGGCCGGGCCGGAGGAUGGCCUAACAGUUGUGUUCAUGGUUCCGUCGGGGCUUCAAGCCGUCGGUGCGAAGCUAGAGGCGAUUCGGAGGGAAGGCCCACCUGGGAGGUAUGACCGUAUUCUUCAGGGCCUGAGGGGAACGCGAGUGAUCGCCUCGGGGGGUGCGAGGGUGACGCCGGAAUUAAGGGAUGAGUGGAUGGAGCUGCGCGGCGGGAGGCCGUUGAUGGUGGCAUAUGGGAUGUCGGAGGUUUUGAUGUUCAUCGCUGCUGCUGACUGGGACUCGAAUGCGGUUCUCCCGGUGGACUGCUGUGGUCGGAUCUGUAGCCAUGUUGACAUGAAAAUCAACGAGGCCGGCGAGAUAUGCCUCAAAACUCCCCCCGUAUUCAAAAGGUAUAUAUCGGAAAAUCCAACGGUAAUGAACGAUGUUUUCGAUGCCGACGGAUACUGGAGAACCGGAGAUAUGGGUAAGCUGGAGGGGGACUUGGUCUACGUCUUUGGCCGGGCGUCUCAGGACAUUAUUCGAUUUUCCGGGUGGAAGGUCCUGGCACCGGAAGUCGAAAGCGAGCUGGCUAAACACCCACUUGUAUCAGAGGCGAUCGUCUUUGGCAUCCAGGAUACCUCUGCCGGCCAGCUCGUUGCUGCGCUCGUGGUCAUAGGUGGUGAUGAUUCCGACAAGACUAGCCUAGAUCUCCCAUCAGUACGCAGGUGGUUGGCACUCGAGAGACGGAUGAAUGCAUACAAGUUGCCAACGGUCCUACGAGUGGUUAGGAAGAAUCAAGCGCUGCCUAUGACGCUGUCGGGAAAAUUCAUCAAGCGAAAGAUCCGAGAUAUCUUCUUCAGUCAAGAAGAACUCGACAGCGGUCGGGUCCAGGUGCAUGGCCUUUCGACUCAGGAACCAGACAUCGGCAACCGGCCAUUUGACUGGGCAGGAAUUCAGGCCAAAUGA